UCUUGAAUUGACGCGUGAUGGCCGUUUGGUGGAGGUUGCUCCUCGUCAUCUUAGCCGCAAUUGAGCGUACCAGUUGCCGAAACACAUUUUCAACCGAGCCAGAAUACAUGGCCCUGGGGUACUUCAAAAAGUCACAAAAACUGCUGGACACACUUAUCCAUCAUGACUAUCAGGAUACGGUGCAGGAAAUUGCAAGAGCUAAUCGAGAUUUUCAGGAUACGAUACAGGAACUUGCAAGAGCUAAUAGAGAUUAUCCGGAUCUUGCCCGGGGGUUUCACAGAAAAGUUUCGAAGGUGUUAGAUGAAGAAAUUAGUCAAGAUUACGAACAAAGCAUCGAUUCAUUCAGUCCCAUGAUAGGGAAGCGGCGCGUGCGCUCUCAAAAGAUGCGCCGCGAAAAGCUAAACCUUCAGGGAGUGCGAAGCCAUCGCGCGCAUUCUCUUGACGCGGGACGUCGCCGGAGACUACAGCCCGAUCCAACCUCAAAAGGAUAUUAGGGUUAUCCGUUUAGGUCUUA